GACCCGGAGCGGGAGCGGCCCCGGGAGCGGACGGUGCGCCCCGCACCGCCCCGCACCGCGCUCGAGGGAGGGGCCGCUCCCAUGGAGGCAUUCCCCGGCGCCAAGCUGGAGCAGCACCGGCACCUCCCGCCCGUGGAGUGCCUGCCGGGCGCCCGCUACAGCGGCCGGAGCCACAGCGCCUGCGGGAACGUCUUCAACUCCUGGAACGACUACCUGGGGCUGGCCACGCUCAUCACCAAGGCCGUGCGCCCCGGCAAGGGCUUCGGCGCGGAGCCCCCCUCGGUGGUGGUGGCGGCCGCCGUGCCGCCGGCCGAGGAGGAGGAGGAAGAGGAGGAGGAGGAGGAAGAGGCGGCGGGGCCGUACUUCGAGGGCGCGCUGGACUUGCACGACCUGGACCUGUGCGGGCAUCACCAUCACCACCACCACGGCGAGGGGCUGCUGGAGGAGCGCUUCGCCGACUUCAGCCCGUUCCCCGGGCGCGGCGGCCCCGCCGCCGUGGUGUUCGACUGCUCGGGGGAGCACCCGGGCCGGGAGGGCUCUGCCUGGGGCGGCGUGGUGGUGGCGGGGCGGCUGCCGGCGCACCCGCGGGCCGCCUCCCGCCUGCUCAAGCCCGAGCUGCAGGUCUGCGUCUUCUGCCGGAACAACAAGGAGGCGGUGGCCCUCUACACCACGCACAUCCUCAAGGGACCCGACGGCCGCGUCCUCUGCCCGGUGCUGCGGCGCUACACCUGCCCCCUCUGCGGGGCCAGCGGCGACAAUGCCCACACCAUCAAGUACUGCCCCCUCUCCAAAGUGCCGGCGGCCCGGCAGCUCCGGCACGCCCGGACGGCGCUGGGCAGGAAGGGCCGCUGACCCCCGGGACCGUCCCCCGGCCCGGUGACACUGCCCCGGCCCGGGGCGCGCUGGCCCGCGCCGAGCCCGGCGGGGACUGCGCGGCGGAGAUGCGCUGUGUUUGUUUAUUGUAAGAAAGAAAAUAUAUCUAUAUGUGAUUUUUACGGAGACGGCGAGAUCUGACUUGCGGGGAGCGGGUUCGGAGGGUUGAAGCAGCCGCCGGGAAGGGUCGCGGGGGUCUCAGGUCGCCCGAGGAGGGGCAGCGCCUCCUCCUGCCGCCCGGCCCGGAGCGCAUCCCAGACCGGGAUCCUGCGGGGCUGCACCGCGGGGGGCGGGCCGGAGAGCUGCUCUUAAUCGCCACUUAAUAGCAGGGUGUUUAAUUAGGGUACAACAUUACGCCUUUCGGGUCUUAAAGCAAACAUCCCCUCGGUUUCCUUUGCCGGUCUUAAAACCGGUGUGCAAAUCGCGAUCAGACCUGCCCUCAGUAGUUAACUCCUGCUUCCCGAAAUCGCAGCAUCCUACCUGGAGCGGUGCCCCGCGGUCACUCGUGAGCCGUUCCACUCGUGAGCAGGGAUGGCGCUGGCCUCGCAGGUCCCCGCAUCGGAUGCUCGGCUUUGGGGAAGGUCUGAGAGGAGAAAACACCGAAGUGCACGUUUGAAAACACGAUGACUCUGGGCCGGGGUGCAAACGGAGUCCUUGCUGCUGACAGAAAGGCGGUUACAAUGGCACAGAACAAGAUUGGAUGCAGCUGUGUUUGUAGUGGUGAAGGGGGAGGUGAUGUGGAGCCUGGAGGAAAAAGACCUGGACAAAGCAGGAAGCCGUGACCAUAGGAUGAUGGAAGAAAGGGAGGUUGUGUAUUUUGAAGAGCUGAGACAAUGUGGCUUUAACUCAUUGCAAGUAGAAGGGAUCUACCCGUGUGGUUAACAAAUAUCCUUAACACUACAUAGACUGUACAAAGCAUAAGAAUUAUACUGAAGAUCCAGACUACCUUGGGUGAUGGCAGAUCCUUGGUACUGAAUAUCAGCCAGGGCUACAUUGUUUGUAAUCCUCAAAAGACCAGAAAUUGCUUAUUUUUGACUCAGAGGAAGGAGAAGGAGCAGCAGCAGGCUUGUAGCUUGCUUAGGAUUCCUCCAGAGCCAAAAGGCAGGUGCAGGAGUUUUCAGAGCAGAGUGUUUGUUACACUACACGUGGCUUUAGUGACACCUGGGAUGUGGAGGGGUGCUCUGUCCAGGGAGGAUGCCCUAAGGAAAGCAGGGAGGUGAAGAGGGCCUUGUGGAGGAACUGCUGGGGCAGCACCAGGACAUUGAGAAAGGAGAUGGGUCCUGACAGAAAAAGGGAACCAGGAAAGUGAGGGGUGAUUCACACUUGUGCAGUUUCCUUUUGGAAAGCUACUCAGCAGGGUGGGAAAUGGGAUCAAGAGAAGAGGGGGAGAGCAGGACAGUCAAGAAUGGAGUCAAAACGUGUGGGAUGGGCUGGGGACAGGGCCCAGGGUUCAUUAUUCAUCGCAGCUGUUGGCUCACAGCCACAGCAAUUAGGAGGGAGAACUUGAUUUUGUGUGGAAGUGUUCCUUUAAAUCUCCAUCAGAUGACUCCAAAGAUGGUGUCAGAUCUAAUUACCAAAUGCAGUGGGGCUUGCAUUAAAUAACACUCAGUGGCUGCAGCUACCCUUGUGGCAGCCUCUCUCCUUGUGCUAAAUACCAUUACUUAUUGUCUCCUGCUCCAUGGGGUGUGCACCACUGGCUCUUCUAAGCUGUUAGAAGUUAGAUGUGUUUGGUUUUGUGAUUCCUGGUCCACGUAGGUUUAAUCUGUGUCCACCACACAUUAGAAUCAAGCUCAAGUGUGAUGCUGUGGGAAGAGUUUUCUUCUGUAUUUUUGUUUCCUUGUGGGAAGUUUUGAAGAUCCAUAUAUACAUUUCAAUGCAGUUGACUGUUACUGGACACAAAAGCAAGAAAGAUCUAAGUAAA